AUGAGCAAGCGCAAUAAUAAACCCUCGGAAGCUGUGGAAGACCAAGAUCUAACCCCGUUCAACAAGAAAACAAUUGUUCUAUUCUACUUGAUCGACAAUAUCAAAAACUUCACCUACAGUCAUAUUAACCUCUCAUUUCUAUCGUCUUCCUUGAUGCGAAACAGCACCUCUACUUCUACCAUUCGGAACACCAUUCCAGGUGCAAUAUCCUCCAUACAGUCUAUCACCCUUCACCCUUUAUCCGACAUGUCUGUCCCACGCGCAAUCCGCAUGGCAUUUGCUGCCAUUGAGCAAGCAGAGGGCGCAGGGGCGCGCGUCCGCAGAUCAAUCGGCACUGCGAAACUGCGGAAUUUCAGUCCCUUCCUCAUGCUCGACCACUUCACGAUCGGAAAGGGUGCCGGAUUCCCCGACCACCCACACCGCGGACAGGAGACAAUCACAUACCUGCUGUCGGGAGGGGUCGACCAUGAAGACUUUGCCGGACACAAGGGCACAAUUGGACCGGGAGACCUCCAAUUCAUGACUGCCGGCCGCGGAAUAAUGCAUGCGGAAAUGCCCCACGAGAACCCUGACGGAAGCCCCAACGUCGGCAUGCAGCUGUGGGUUGAUCUACCCGAGAAGCUGAAGAUGUGUGAGCCGCGAUACCGCGAUCUUCGCGCGUCAGAGAUACCAGUGGCAGACGUCGAUGAGGGCAAAGUCACGGUUAAGGUUAUAUCCGGACAAUCGCACGGAGUCGAUUCGGUGCGCGAUCUAGCCUACACUCCAGUUUGGAUAUUUGACAUCACGAUUCGCCCCGGUGGGAAGAUUUCUCAACCCCUUCCGCAAGGUUGGAAUGCAUUUGCAUACACUUUGGCCGGAACUACGAACUUUCGCACUGCCAGCGAAUCCAAUACGACUCCGGCUUCUUCACUCGGUGACCGGUCACCCGCCAAAACUGUUGGCCCGUUCCAUAAUGUUGUGUUCGACAAAGCUGGAGAUUUUGUGGAUGCAUCGAAUGCAGUGGAAGCGAAAGAGGACUCGAGGUUUGUGCUGAUUGCUGGCCAACCUCUUGAUCAGAAGGUUGUGCAAUACGGACCUUUUGUGUUGAAUAGCCAGGAGCAGGUAUAUCAGGCGAUGAUGGAUUAUCAGACUCAUGCCAAUGGAUUUGAGAGAGCGAAUGGAUGGGAAAGCGAAAUUGGGAAAAGGAUGGGCUAG